AUGGCGGAAUCAGAGUCAAGUUCACAGACCAUCCCCGUGGUCUCGUUUGACAAAUUCCUCACAGGCGAUCGGACGGCACAAAAGGCCGUCGCGAGGGAGGUGUACGACGCGUUCUCGAGCGUCGGGUUCGUGUACCUUCGCGAGCAUGGCAUCGCGCAGAAGAAGGUCGAUGAGAUCUUUGGUCUGGCCCAGACAUUCUUCUCCCUGCCCUUAGAAGCCAAGCUCAGAUAUAAACUGUCCGACGCGCACGUCAACCAGGGAUACACGGCCGACGGCGCCGAAGGGAUCAACGACCACAAGGAAUGCUACGAGCACCGACGGUUCGCCAACGAUCUGUGUCCGUCCGACGAGGCCGUCCAGGGCUUCAAGUCGACCCUCGACGCCUUUUACGAGCAGUGCUUCGUGCUCGCGAUGAACGUGCUCAAAUGUCUGGCCAUGGUGAUGGAUCUGGGCGACGACUUCUUCGACGCCAUCACCAAGCGCGCCGAUCCCCAGCUGCGCCUGAUCCACUACCCUGCCAUUGAGAGGCGCGUGGUCGAACAGGAAGGCCACGCGAGGAUCAAUGCCCACACCGACUUUGGGCUCUGCACGUUAUUGUUCCAGGACCAGAUCGGGGGCUUGGAAAUCGACCCUAAACACGAUGGGAAUUUCGUGCCCGCGCCGCCUAUCGAGGGCACCGUGCUCAUCAACAUUGCCGAUCUGCUGGUCAGGUACACGAACGGGAGGGUCAAGUCGACUCGGCACAGGGUGGUGAGUCCGUCACUGGAGAGGUUUCCCGACGAGGUGUUGCCCGCGCGGUUCAGCAUCCCGUUCUUUGUGCAUCCCGACCCGGAGACCUUGAUCGACCCGAUCUUGUUGAGUCAGGGCGAGGAGAAGCUGUACGAGCCGGUCAAUGCGGGGGAGUGGCGCGUCUGGAAUACCUCGAAGGAUUAUCGGCUGAAGGGGGAUGACGGGCAGGCCGUGAGGCUGAGGAGCGUCGCGGUCGCGACGUGA